CCAAUGGUAACCGCCAUAAUCCUAUUCACAACAGAAAGAGGGGUGCUCUGUUAUUCGAAUCCUCUGGAAUGAAUUGAUUUAUCGAGUCUUGCAGAAUAAUUAGGACCACUAGAGAUGUUCCACCUUUGGGAGAGUAACAGGUCUUUGUGAACGCUCGUGGAUUUAUUUUGUAAUCAUGCCGUUCAUUUGAAAUGCGUUCGUUGGUAACAGAAGAAGGGAGAAAUCUCGGACAGGAAUUAGGCCGUCAAGGCGUGCGAUCGACGUUGGUCUACUUGUUCCUAUCGGUUAAUGGCCUGUAUGAUAGAAACAGCCCGAGUUUCUCCGUAUUGUUGGCCGGCUGUUGGUAGAACAUGCCAGAAGCCGGAAUUUGUGGAGGAAUUUGGAAUACAACGAGUUUCGGCUUCAGUAGACUUUGGACAUGUCUGCAAUUAACGGAAAUAGUUUUGAUCAUACUCCCGAAGCUUCGAGCGGCGAACAGGCGUUCGAGCAGAAGAUCGAGUCGGAUGAUACUGCAAUUGAUAUACUGCCUGAUAGCGCGUAUAUGUCAGGAUGGAAGUUCCAUAUUCUCACCUUUGGGUAAGUAUCUUACCCCAAAAGCGCAGUUGAUUGAUAACUGAGCUGGCUAUACUAGAUUAUGCCUGGCACUCUUUAUAGUGCAGAUGGAAUCGUCCAUCUUCAGUACUUCUAUAAUCGCUAUCACAAAUGAGCUUUCUGGGUACGGUAAAAGCUCAUGGGUCUUCACUGGGUUUCUUCUCACAUACAGUGGUAUUUAUCUCAUUCCUCCGCUAUAUGAGAUGUAUAUCUGACCACUUUUGUAAGGCUUGGUCAUCAUCUGGGCCAAACUCAGCGAUAUAUUCGGAAGGAAGACAUUAAUUCCUGUCUCGCUCUUCACCUUUAUUGUAUUCUCUGGGGCUUGUGGGGGUGCUCAGACACUUGUGCAACUGUUUGUAAACCACCUUUUUACUCUGAAUAGGCAUACUGACAGAUUCAAGUAUUAUAUUUAGAGCCUUUCAAAGUGUCGGUGGCUCCGGCGUCUUUUCAAUUAUUAUUGUAGUAUUCUUCGAGAUGGUGCCGCCUAGAAAGUUACCGCUGUACACUUCUUUUGUGGCUAUAGUGUUUACUUUCUCUGGCACCUUUGGUCCUUUAAUGGGCGGUGGGUAUCAGUGGUCAUACUACAUGGAGAUGGAUUUUUCUAAUCAAGUCAGUAAUGCGAAUCAGACCCUACCUGACUAGUUCAAUCUAACGAUAGCUAGUAUACCCGUGGGAAUUCUCUGCUUCAUUCUCUUCGUUGUUUUAUUACCAGCAAGAAUGCCUGGUCAACAUUCGUCAAGCUUGACGCCGGAUGGUCUCAGAAGCGUUUUCUCUCCAUCAUCCCUACGCCGAGUCGAUGUUCUCGGCUGUGUUCUGCUUCUCGGUGCUUGCAUGUUCAUAGUUACAGCGCUACAACAAGCAGCAGAAGGAUCCUCAUCUUCUGGCGGCACUGUUCUAACUCUGAUCGUAUUCUCCGUCGUCUUUUGGAUUAGCUUUGUUGUAUGGCAAUGGUAUAUAACCGAAAAAAGGACAUACCCAGAACCCGUAUUCCCCUGGCGUCUGUUUCAAAGUCGAGUUUACAUGGGAAUGAUUUUGUGAGUGUAAUCGCCUCGCGCCCCGGAAUCUUUACUGACGAGGCAAGAAAUGUCUCUUUUGCUGGAACAGUUUUGACAGUCCUAACAAUCCAGCUUGCCCAACGAUUUCAAACGGUGAACGGGGACUCGUCUAUGGCUGCAGGAGUUCGUUUACUAGCCUUCGGUCUCCUAGCACCGGCAGGCUCUGCCAUUUCAACGGCUGUGAUCGGUCGAACAAACAUACCUCCCAUCUAUCACAUAUUGCUAGGAAAUACUCUACAAGUUAUUGGACUUGUCGUCUUAUCGCGAGCCCCAACAACCUUGGCAAUCGCACCAUCUCAAUAUACCUGGCAAGUUGUCACGGGACUCGGUGUUGGAUUGUGCAACGCGCCAUUGAUUCUGUUAGUUAACAAUGCCACAAUAAGGCGAGAUCAAGGUACGUACAACUUCAGUACCUAGGUGGAGAAUUAGUCUAAUCGAUAACUGAUAGCUGUUGGAACCUCCGCAAUGACACAGUUUCGCGUCCUGGGCGGUAUUCUAGGUCUCUCAAUCGUGGUGAGUGCCAUGAGCAGAGUAAUUCAUUCGGAUCUCCUAGAAAUCCUUCCAGAAGGAACGGACAGCCGUCUUCUUCAAACUACUAAUGUUAUUGAAACAUUGCCUGAAAGCUCGAAAGACGCGGUACGGCAGAUCUUUGGCAAGGGUUAUAACCUCCAAAUGAAAAUUAUGAUUGGGUUUGCGGCUGCGGAGUUUCCUUCAACUGCUUUGAUGUGGAAGCGAAAGCCUAUGAUCAUUGACAAGAGAUGAUCGCUGUGUUGUAAUUAGAUGGAGGAUUCAAGGUUCAAUCUGUUUUGUAAUACUUUCCAACGUUCGGCACAUAGAACCAUAUUCCAUGGAAUCAUUCUAUUCUAUUCCACCUAGAAUCCUUCCGGAGCUUAUAUAAAAUGGAAAGAUUCCUUCUAUGAG